UUGAACUUGCAUAUAUAACAGUUGAAUCUAAACAUGUUCAUCAUCUGUCUGACACUGUCUCCGCUGCCCGCUAGCUUUGCUAGCCCCUGAUGCGAACCAAAAAGAACUCUUUAAAAUUUAAAGAGCCAUAUAUUCCCCACAACGCCCACCUCAUGCAAGUUAUUUUUUACUCUUAUGAACAGACUCACUGCCGCCAAAAAACAAGAGAAUAUUCCAAUUGUUUCACGACUAAAUUUGGGUGGUUAAUCUGCCAAAAACCAAACUUUUUUGGAAGGCUCUCGGAGAGCGGACAACGAACGCUAAACAACCAUGGUAAAAUGGCCAUUAGUUGUAAUUAUUUAAUUCCCUGAGGGAUGAACAGCUUAUGUUAAUUACAAAGUUUCUCAUCAAGUCAUCGAAAAUCGGAGCUGGGAUCAGUGUAGUCGAUAAGGGCCAUGCAUUUUUGACUUUCGUUUUGCACUGCUUCCGCUUGCCAGCCACCCACCCACCGGGAAUGAUAUAGUACACUCACUGGGAGGGUUCUCUUUGGGGUUCCACGAAUGAUGUGAUCACCCGAGAUGUCGAUUUACAGCCUCAUUAGAACGCCAUUACAAGAUUGGGACCCGGGAGGAGAUUGGUUGCGGACGUUGAAUGCUCUGCCAAUGAACGAAAGCGGGCACUUCCGAUGACUCUCGUCGAACCUGUUCUGCAAAAAUUAAAACUAUCAUAUUAAGGGUUCAUAUCCUAUCUUUGGUCUCCAGGCAGACUCCAUGGGAGCUGUCCUACCUCCAACAGAGUGCACCAUGGCUGUACAGCCUUCUCAUUCGGAGACUGGGGAGAGUGUCAACUUCUUCUAUAAACGGUGAUGCUUUUGUUUUAACCCCCCGAUACCAAUAUUCCUUUGAUAUCACGCAUUAGAGCAAAUACUGUUUUCUUAGUUUCGGCCACCACUUCUGAGUGUCUGUAUUUACAUGGCAGCAGCAAAGCCAUUGCCCCCUGGGAUUUCGGAACCUCUGGCGGUAGACACUAGCAACGACCAUAGCGGAUUUAUAGCAAUCAUUACGGCACUGUUUCUUGGAUAUGCGCUUGUUUCUUUGGGGAUACGUGCAUAUGUCCGGCAUUCUAGACAUGUGGUCAAAACGGAUGAUUAUGUUCUCCUGGUAGCAAUGGUUUUAUUUUGUAUCCAAUCAUCGGUUGUGUUCGUUCAGAUAGGUAAUGGAUGGGGCAAAUCGAGGGAGCUUCUCACACCACGUCCCCAUAUUGCACUGCUCAAGGCAACCUACGCUGCGGAUAUGCUAUACGUACUCACCCAUUGCGUUUCAAAAUGCUCCGCGGCGCUCUUUUACCUUCGGAUAUCUCCAGGUCGUUCCCAUAUCUUCAUGGCGUGGGGAUUGGUUGGCUUGUCAGUGAUCUGGGCAGUGAUAUCUAUGAUUUUAAUAUCAUUAGGUUGCGACCAUUCUCGGCCGUGGACAGAUAUUAGCUCGAAAUGUGCCGGUGUGUUUCCUCGUUGGCAGUUCAUAGGGGCGUUUGAUAUAAUCACCGAGAUUGGCUUAUCAUCUGUACCGUUUUUUCUUGUAGCCGGUAUUCAAAUGCAUGCCAGCAGGAAGAUCGUUGUUGUCCUGGCAUUCAGUUCUCGUCUGCUCGUCACAAUCCCUUCAGCCUUCCACAUACACUAUGUGAAAAGAAUGCUCGACUCCUCCGAUUAUACUCUGGUGGGCAGCUACGCCACAAUAAGCCUGCAGUUAGAAUUGAGUUACGGAAUCAUGGCAAACACGAUCCCCUGCCUCAAGCCCUUUAUGGCCGCAUACGAAGCAACCGGUACACCGUCUUACACAAGCCGCAUCCAUAGCCACGGUAGAAGUCAAAGUAAUAGCGGAAAUAGCAAGGGCACUCGGAGUCGCUACAUUCGCGACAGCACUUUAGCCCUCUCGACGAUCCCAUCAGUCAAAUUUAACAACCGUCGUGUAAGCAAUGCAAGCACAGUGGCCCAGAAAGACGCGCCGCAACCACCACGACCACUGCUACUACAGAAAUAUUCUUCCAGGAACAAGCAAUCGCAAACAUCACGAGCGAAUGCGAUUAGCUACGCUACAAGGUUAGAGCCCGGUAGCCAGGAACUAGCGGGUCCUAGUUUCAGAGAUGACGACAGUAAACGGCUAAUUAUAAAAAAGGAUGUUAAUUGGAAUGUUGAGUGUUCGAAAAGUGCGGAGCGGAAAGUGGAUGGCUCUACACCUGGAACCAACGCAACUUGAUGACUUAAUUUAAACCCAUGUCUUAUCUGUUUUAUUUUAUUUUUUCUAGUUGGAAAAGUCUUCGAAUUCUGGACAUCUUGGCAGAUUUAAUUUUUCAUAUCGUAAAUGUAGGUAACUUAGGAGUCACGAGGGAUGAUGAAAUCUUUCGCUCGGGGAAGAGGAUGGAAAUGUUAAUUGUUUCUCUAGCGUGGCCUUGAAAAGAAUUUAUAUUUUCGUAUAAGCUCAGCAAUCAUCUCCUUCUUUUAACCGAGAUCAAGCAGGUAGAAUGCAUCUCGAAUAACGUCUGGACAACAGCGGAUGAAAUAAGGCCAAAGCGUUCUCUUAAUUAAGCUUAACGGGUCCCACCCAGAACCAAUGUUCGAUCUCACAACUGCCCCACUUAGUUCC